AUGAUCUCGACCAAGGAGAAGAAUAAAAGCCCGAAGGACAGCAUGACGCUUCUGCCCUGCUUCUACUUCGUGGAGCUGCCCAUAGUGGCAUCCUCCAUCGUGUCCCUCUACUUCCUGGAGCUGACCGACCUCUUCAAGCCGGCUAAGGUGGGCUUCCAGUGCUAUGACCGCACGCUGUCCAUGCCCUACGUGGAGACAAGUGAAGAGCUCAUCCCACUGCUCAUGCUCCUCAGCUUGGCCUUUGCUGCACCCGCAGCCUCGAUCAUGGUGGGCGAAGGCAUGCUGUACUGUCUACAGUCCCGGCUGUGGGGCCGCAGCGGGGGCCCAGGUGGGCCCGAGGGCAGCAUCCACGCCGGCGGCUGCAACUUCAACUCCUUCCUUCGGCGGACGGUGCGCUUUGUAGGUGUCCAUGUGUUUGGCCUGUGUGCCACGGCCCUGGUGACCGACGUGAUCCAGCUUGCCACGGGCUACCACGCACCCUUCUUCCUGACUGUCUGCAAACCCAACUACACCCUGCUGGGCACGUCAUGUGAGGCCAAUCCCUACAUCACACAGGACAUAUGCUCUGGCCACGACACCCAUGCCAUCCUGUCUGCCCGGAAGACCUUCCCAUCCCAGCAUGCCACUCUGUCUGCCUUUGCUGCUGUCUACGUGUCGAUGUAUUUCAACUCAGUCAUCUCGGACACCACCAAGCUGCUGAAGCCCAUCCUGGUGUUCUCCUUCGCCAUUGCGGCAGGCGUCUGCGGCCUCACCCAGAUCACGCAGUACCGCAGCCACCCGGUGGACGUCUACGCAGGCUUCCUCAUUGGGGCCGGCAUAGCGGCCUACCUGGCCUGCCAUGCAGUGGGCAACUUCCAGGCCCCACCGGCAGAGAGACCAGCGGCCCCGGUGCCAACUAAGGACGCACUGAGGGCCCUGACCCAGCGGGGCCACGACUCAGUGUACCAGCAGAACAAGUCCGUGAGCACUGAUGAGCUAGGUCCACCCAGCCGGCUGGAGGGCGUGCCCCGGCCUGUGGCCCGCGACAAGACCUCGCUGGGCAGCCUAAAGCGGGCCAGCGUGGAUGUGGACCUGCUGGCCCCGCGCAGCCCCAUGGGCAAGGAGAACAUGGUGACCUUCAGCCACACACUGCCCCGUGUCAGCACACCCUCGCUAGACGACCCCGCCCGCCGCCACAUGACCAUCCAUGUUCCACUGGACGCCUCCCGCUCCAAGCAGCUCAUUAGUGAAUGGAAGCAGAAGUCACUGGAGGGCCGAGGCCUGGGGCUACCGGACGAGGGCAGCCCUGCACACCUGCGGGCGCCUGCAGAGCCCAUGGCUGAGGAGGAGGAGGAAGAGGAGGAGGAGGAAGAGGAGGAGGAGGGGGAGGAAGGGGGUCCAGCACCUCCCUCACUGUACCCCACAGUCCAGGCUCGGCCAGGGCUCGGGCCACGUGUCAUCCUGCCGCCUCGGGCUGGACCGCAACCUCUGGUUCAUAUCCCCGAGGAGGGGGCACAGGCAGCAGCUGGCCUCUCCCCCAACAGCAGCGCGGCUGUGCGGGCCAAGUGGCUCAUGAUGGCUGAGAAGAGCGGAGCCGUGGUGGCCGCGGCCUCGGCCCAGCCCCGUGUGGCCAACCCGCCCCGGCUGCUGCAGGUCAUCGCCAUGUCCAAGGCUCCAGGUGCACCUGGCCCCAAGGCAGCCGAGACGGCGUCCUCAUCCAGUGCCAGCUCCGACUCCUCCCAGUACAGGUCCCCGUCUGACCGCGACUCUGCCAGCAUCGUCACCAUUGAUGCACACGCACCCCACCACCCUGUGGUCCACCUGUCUGCGGGUAAUGGGCCCUGGGAGUGGAAGGCAGCAGGAGUCGGGUCCAAGGGGGUGGAGGGAGACAGUGGCUAUGAGCUGGGGGACCUGGCCCGCAGCUUCCGCAGUGGGGCCAAGCCCCAGGGCAUCUCCCCAGGCUCAUCAGUCAGUGAUGUGGACCAGGAGGAGCCACGGUUUGGGGCUGUGGCCACUGUCAACCUGGCCACGGGUGAGGGGCUGCCCCCACUGGGCGCAGUCGAUGGUGCCCUGGGACCAGGCAGCCGGGAGUCAACGCUGCGGCGCAAAGCAGGCCUGGCACUUGGUGAUAGGGAGGUGGCAGAGGCUGAGGCUGAGAGCUACUACCGGAAGAUGCAGGCUGCACGCAGGUUCAAGGACUGA